AUUAGGCCCCUAUCGUAUGUCUAACCGUUGGAUCUUCACCAAGGAACCAACACUCCCAUUUCCCAGAGGUGGAAACUGAGGCUCAGAGAGACAAAGCCUCUCUUAUAAGGUCCUGCAGCAGGUGAGAGGCACAGUCAGAUUUGGACUUGUUGCUGCAGGUUCCCUCUGCAGAGUGUGUGACAAUUGUGGGGCCCCACCCCACAGAGUGAGCACCUUCGCGUGUCAGAGCCCAGGACACGGCGAUGGCCAUCAAGUGACAAAUGGGAAAACUGUGACAUGCAAGCCAAGCCUCUUUCCCAGGUUACUCAGACCUCUGGCUCACGUGGGCAUCCUAGAUGGAAGACCGUCAGGGCCCCCCUCCUCUAUCUUAAAGAGAGUUAAACUGACACCCAGAGGUUCCUUUGCCCGCCCAAGAUCAGCCAGCAGAAUCAGCGACGUGGUCCUGCAUUCACUGUCCAGUGUGGCCCUUCCUCCGCCCGCGCCCAGGUUUCUUCGCGGAGCGCGCGUCGCCGCGUCGCCUUUAAAGCUCCUCCCCGCACCCCCAUCCGCCUCCCUCCUCCCCUUGCAGGCAGACGCCGGGAUUGCGCCGCCCGAAGGAACUGGCCCAGUCCUUUCUGGGUGUGCGGGGAGCGCAGUCCCGGCGCGUAGGGGCCGCUCGGCGGGGGCCGCACCGGCAAGAUGGUGUGUCCUCGGGCGGCCCUCGGUCCCGGCGCGCUCUGGGCAGCGGCCUGGGGAGUCCUGCUGCUCACGGUCCCCGCAGGGGCGCAGCGCGGACGCAAGAAGGUCGUGCACGUGCUCGAGGGUGAGUCUGGCUCGGUGGUGGUGCAGACGGCGCCUGGGCAGGUGGUCAGUCACAGGGGUGGCACCAUCGUCCUGCCCUGCCGCUACCACUAUGAGGCAGCUGCCCAUGACCACGACGGCGUCCGUCUGAAGUGGACCAAGGUGGUGGACCCACUGGCCUUUGCUGACGUCUUCGUGGCCCUGGGCCCCCAGCACCGAGCAUUUGGCAGCUACCGUGGGCGUGCCGAGCUGCAGGGCGACGGACCCGGGGAUGCCUCCCUGGUUCUCCGAAACGUUACGCUGCAGGAUUAUGGGCGCUAUGAAUGCGAGGUCACCAAUGAGCUGGAGGAUGACACUGGCAUGGUCAAGCUAGACCUGGAAGGAGUUGUCUUCCCUUACCAUCCCCGUGGAGGCCGCUACAAGCUGACCUUCACGGAGGCGCAGCGCGCCUGCGCUGAGCAGGACGGCAUCCUGGCGUCGGCAGAGCAGCUGCACGCGGCCUGGCGCGACGGCCUGGACUGGUGCAACGCAGGCUGGCUUCGAGACGGGUCCGUGCAGUACCCGGUGAGCCAGCCCCGGGAGCCUUGUGGCGGCCUGGGCGGAGCCGGGAGCGCCGGGACCGGCGGUGGCACCGCCUCCGGGGGCGUGCGCAACUACGGCUACCGCCACAAUGCCGAAGAACGCUACGACGCCUUCUGCUUCACGUCCAACCUCCCGGGACGUGUGUUCUUCCUGAAGCCGCUGCGGCCUGUGCCCUUCUCGGGAGCAGCGCGUGCGUGCGCGGCGCGCGGCGCGGCCGUGGCCAAGGUGGGACAGCUGUUCGCUGCGUGGAAGCUGCAGCUGCUGGACCGCUGCACCGCGGGCUGGCUGGCCGACGGGAGCGCGCGCUACCCCAUCGUGAAUCCGCGCGCGCGCUGCGGCGGCCGCCGGCCGGGCGUUCGCAGCCUGGGCUUCCCAGACGCCACGCGCCGGCUCUUUGGCGUCUACUGCUACCGUGCACCCGGCGCGCCGGACCCUGCACCCGGCGGCUGGGGCUGGGGCUGGGCCGGAGGCGGCGGCUGGGCCGGAGGCGCGCGCGACCCGGCCGCUUGGACCCCGCUGCGCGUCUAGGCCCCGGGCGCAGUUGGUUUGGGUGCUUGGCGGCUGGCCGAGUGCUCUGCGGUCUCUUGGAAACGGACCACGUGACUGGAGACUGGCCACGCCUCCUGCGGUACCCUGCAGGCUGACCAGGUCUUCUGUGGUCUUUGACCCCUAGCUGCCCUUCCUGGGGUCCUCAUAGACUGCCAGUUCCGGGAGACUGAUCAAGCCCCCACUUCUCCUGGACAGUGGAUCUCCCUCCUCCCUCGACUUCCCCAGGAGAUGGGCCAUGUACCCUGAAGACCCCUGGAGGCCAACAAACCUUGAGGUCUCCUAAGAUUGGCUACGCCUCCCGAGGUUACUUGAAAACAGACAGAACCACCCCCCUUCGCGGUCUCCUGGAGGCUGGACCCCCAGGAUUAUCUGGAGAGUGGCCUCAGGCCUUCUGCAUCUCCCUGGAGACUGAAGACUGUUCCCUUAUGAUCAUCUGGACCCUGAACCCUCCUCCCCCUCCUACGUAGAGAAACCUCGGAGUUCACCAGGUGAUCACGCCCCGUGGUCACAUGGAAACUGGGCUCUUGUCCUCUACCCUGUGGUGAUCUGGAAAUUGGGUAUUCCCAUUCUGCUGCCUUCCCCUGUGAAUCCCUUUAAGUUUGCCGAUUAACAGGCCAUGUUCCCAGGUCACCCUGAACACCCCCACCCUUCCAGUUUCAGGGGAGACUAGCCUUGUCUGUCACCACUAAAACAGAAUGAUAUGCCCCAGCUGGCUCGCAUGACUGGUGGCCGUGCCCCAGCCCUCAGGUAUCUCUUUGGACGGAGAAAACCCGCUCCCAUCUGAUGGACGGCCUCUUUCCCAACUGUCAACAAAGAGACCAUCCCCUGGGCCCAGGGAUCCAUAGGAUCCAUGUCACUCACUAUGGAGACGAGCUGUCCCACUUCCCAUUGUUACCAAGGCGACCAGCCCAACUUCUACCUGUAACCUAGUCAUACAGCCCUUCCCUCAUCAGUCACACCCAUGGAGCUAGUGCCUACCUCCUCCAGCUGUAACCAUGGAUACCACACGUUUCCCAUCUCACCUCCGGGAUUCCAGAGAGCUACAACUCUACUUCUGAAUGUCCCCAUUCUUACCAACAGCCCUGAAGACCAUUUCCUCCCCCAACUGUCCCGAGAGUGACCCAACAUUCAGUUCUCCAGCUCUCACCAUGGGAACAGGCUGCCCCAGUGCACCCCAGCUCCUUGCCACCCUCCAAACUCUGCCUCCAAGCUGCUGAAACCCCAUAGCUGUUGCCAUGGAGACCAAACUCUGGUGUCUGAGGUCACAGAACACCUUUCCCUCUAGACUUUCCCAGGUCAGCAGGGCCCCGCCCCACCAAACUAUUGCCAUAGAGACUGUCAGCGUAAUCCCCAUGACAACCCACUCAGGCUCUCAGGAACUUCUUACUGGGGGCCGGAACUGCACCCCUUAGGGCUUCAUGUCUGCCCUUAACCAGAUAGGCCCAGCCCCCCCGGGCAGCAUCCCUUGAUAUGGCUGGACUUCUGGAGCUGCUAGACACCCUCUGUUUGCACGCUAACUCUAUCUCAGACAACAGUGCACGAGAAACCCUUGCAACCCCCAGGUGUUGGCAUUGCUGCCAUACAGAUGAGCCAAAUGACUGGCAGGCCUGGCCCUUUAUCCUGUGCAAGUACUCGGCUCCCCCCUUCCCUUCUGAGACCACAGCUCCAUUCUCACAGAGCUCCGCUCUCCUCUAACUGCCCCCGGCCCUCACAUUCCACUUCUUAAAGAUCCAGGAGAGAUGGAAUGUUUUUAAGCUUCAAAAUCCACAGUGAGCUCCAGAUUCUAAAGGGCAAUUUGUGCUAAGAAGUUAGCCAGACACCCCUCCCACUCCCAGUGUUGAGAGCCAGCUCAGGAGAGACGGUCCAUGAACAAAUCCACCCCAGCCAUGGCAGACCUCAGCUCCAAGGUCUUCCCUGGAGUAGCACAGAGGGCCUUCCUGGACCCCUCCCCCCACCACCUUAUUGUCACAUCCAUCUUGAGGAAACCCAUCUGUGAGUUUGGGAAUCCGGUGGGCUCGGGUUCGAAUCCUGCCUCUGUGACCAAGUGACAAGCCUGUUUUCCUCCUCUGUACCAGAGCUGUUCUGAGAUCCCAGUGAGUGCAAAGCAUACAGCAGGGGCUCAAUUAAAAAAGUGUUUGUUUGUU